CUUUUGCCGACAAUUUUGACUUUAGCCGCCAAAUUUUGGCUGUGUGUAGAAACUGUCUGAGAAAACUUUCUCACUGCACACUGGGUUUGGGUCCGAUGGCAGAUAUACCGCUGUCAGCCAUCUACAACUGUCAGUUUCUUUCAUUCAUUUUUCUAAUUUUCGAGCGAUGUUAUUCGGGAUGCUAUUUCACCUGUUCUUUUAUUCACUUUGACCGUACCUUCAUAUCUGCUUACGAUUUGGACACUAUUUCAUUUGAAUCGUGUGGAGAAACCGGAAAUGGCAGAAAACAGUGAUUCUUGCGGCACAUCGAAUCGUGAGCGCGAUUCAUCUUUCCUCCCCAUCUGUUGGUCUGAUGACAUACGGAUGGGCUUUUUGUUAGCAGACUUUCGAUCCAGAACCAUUAAUCCCGAAAGUUACGACAACAAACUGAGAUUUUGGAAGGACCUGGUAACAACCUAUUGCUUAUUUCAAGGAUCUUCGGUAGUGUCCUUGAUCCAUCUGAAAGAUGCUUUCCGACGUAAAAGUAUUGCGCCACAAUGCCUGAUAACAGUAUUCGAUCAGAUGCUGAAGAAUGGUGAACUGUUACCUAAAGAUCAGUUUUUGGAACCAGCAACGUCUUCAGGGUGGGGAAUGAAAUGGACUUUCGAAAGAGUUCGUCGUAGAAUGAUAGGUAUUUCUGAAUCAGAAGAAUUUGUGGUACAAACUGUUGCAGAGCAACACGGCCAAAUGAUUCAACGAACCAUUGAAUGUGAUGGGUUGUUCGAUAAAUUGAUCAACUAUACUAAAUUAGUGAAAAUAGUCGUGCAAUCGACUAAUAUAAUCGAAGAAGGGAUUCGACCUGCGUUGAAAUUACUCGAAAAUGCUCGUCGUCUAACAAUAGGAAAUAUUGUAAGGGGAAACCAGACCCAUGAGGUUAUCAAGUUAGCCCAACCAACGGUAGAAGUACACUCAAUUUCUUAUAUAGAACGAUGCAUAUAUGAACUAGAACAAAGUGAACUAGAUCUAAACCAGAACAUCAGCAAAACAGAGCAAGCUAUCGCUAACAUUAUGGAGCAGAUACGUACCCAUAUCCAAGAAGGACACAAGCAAUCAGCAAAAAGUCUAUUAAAAAAAAAACAUUUGCUAGAAAAUAGCAUACAAAGCAAAAUCAAUUCCUUAGAGAAUUUACAACAGCUUCUCAGCAGAAUCCACGAAACGCAGCAAAACAUAGGCAUACUAGAAGCUUUUAAGCUAGGAUCAAUCACUUUAAAGAAGACAUUCGCCGACUCGGGGUUAAACAUUCAUACUGUAGAAAAUACUUUGAUGGAAAUGAGAGAUGUUUUGGAAGAAAACAAAGAAAUACAAAACAUGAUCGCUACAGUGACUGUCGAUGAUAGUGACGAUCUAGAUCUUGAACAGGAGUUAGGAAGUCUUAUUGAUAUAGCAUUCAAAGAAAAUAAUUUAUGCAUAGCAAAGGACUCACAGGAUCUAACACCCGCAAAUCAAACAAAUGAUUUAGAUGCAGAAAUUCUAAAAAGACUCGAAGAUCUCCAAGUGAAUAACAGUGGUCUACAUAGCCCACUUACAAACUAAUCUGAUUUUCUUUAAUGCAAAAGAUGAUAUUCUAGCUUUAUAAAAAUACAGUUGUGUUCAAAAUAAUAGCAGCGCUCAAUCCUCCUAUAAAAGAAUGAUAAUUAUUCAAA